CAAACUCCUGUUUUCACCCUUUACUUAACACCUUUGUCUUUAAAAGAUCUUGGUUUCUCUCUUUCAAUUCAUUUAUCAACCAAUUUGAAAUAGAAAAAGAAAGCUUAAAUCUUUUGCUUUGGGUUUUUUUUUUUCUGGGUGGGUACUGUUAUGUUCAACAAAACAAUGGUGAAGUGUUGUGGGAAGCCAGAAACAAAUGAUAAAGGCAUGGUGGAAGAGAAGAAGAACAAGAAUAAGAUCAAAGGAGCAUUGGUUUUGAUGAAAAAAAAUGUGUUGGACGUUAGUGAUUUAAAAUCUUCUUUACUUGAUCGAGUUCAUGAGUUGCUUGGCAAAGGUGUUUCUUUGCAGCUUAUCAGUGCUGUUCAUACAGACCCUGCCAAUGGUUUGAGAGGGAAGCUAGGCAAGCCUGUAUAUUUGGAGAAAUGGGUCACAACAAAUACACCAUUAACAGCAGGGGAGACCAAGCUUGAUGUUGAAUUCGAAUGGGAUGAAUCCAUGGGUGUCCCUGGAGCUUUCAUGAUAAAAAACAAUCACCAUAGUCAAUUCUAUCUCGGGACACUCACUCUUGAAGAUGUUCCAGGCCAUGGCCGCCUACAAUUUGUUUGCAAUUCAUGGGUGUAUCCAGCUCAUCGCUACAAUCACCAUCGCGUUUUCUUCUCCAACAAGACCUACCUUCCAUGUCAAACACCGGAACCGUUACGCAAGUAUAGGGAAGAAGAACUGGUGAAUCUUAGAGGAAAUGGAAAAGGAAAAGGAAAGCUCAAUGAAUGGGAUAGAGUAUAUGAUUAUGAUUAUUACAAUGACUUGGGAAUGCCUGAAAGGGGUGUCAAUUUUGCUCGUCCGGUUCUCGGUGGAUCACCAGCGCUUCCUUAUCCUAGAAGAGGGAAAACUGGUCGGAAACCACACAAGAAAGAUCCUAAUACAGAGAGCAGGCUAUCUCUUCUAAACUUAAACAUUUAUGUUCCACGAGAUGAACGGUUUAACAUGGUGAAGUUUUCGGAUUUUCUUGCCUAUGCAUUCAAAUCAUUGUUUCAAGUAUUGGUCCCAGAGAUUGCAGCAUUAGGGGACAAAACUAUAAAUGAGUUCGAUUCUUUUCAAGAUAUACUUGACCUAUAUGAGGGUGGUAUAAAGCUACCAAAUAAAGACACUCUUAAGAAGAUAAAGGAUUGCCUGCCGUGGGAGAUGAUCAAGGAACUUGUUCGUAACGAUGGCGAGAGAUUGAUGAAAUUUCCGAUGCCUGCUGUCAUCAAUGAUAAUAGGUCUGCUUGGAGGACGGAUGAAGAGUUUGCAAGAGAAACUCUAGCCGGCGUUAACCCGGUCGUCAUCAGCCGCCUCGAGGAAUUUCCCCCUGCCAGCAAGCUUGAUCCUAGUGUAUACGGGAACCAGAACAGUACCAUUACAAAGGAACACAUCGAGAUGAACAUGAAUGGACUCACAGCCGAAGAAGCUCUGAAAGGCAACAAACUGUUCAUAUUGGACCAUCACGACGCGUUGAUGCCAUACAUACGACGGAUAAACUCGACUAGCACGAAGACAUACGCGACAAGAACUCUAUUCUUACUGCAAGAUGACGGCAUGCUGAAGCCGUUGGCAAUCGAGUUGAGCUUGCCACAUCCACAAGGGGAUAGCCAUGGUGCUGUCAGCAAAGUUUUCACCCCAGCAGUGGACGGAAUCGAAGGUUCGAUCUGGCAGUUGGCUAAGGCGUAUGCUGCCGUGAAUGAUUCUGGCUACCAUCAGCUCAUUUCUCAUUGGUUGAAAACACAUGCUGUGAUUGAGCCAUUCAUAAUUGCGAGUAAUAGACAGUUGAGUGUGGUUCACCCCAUAUAUAAGCUCUUGCAUCCCCAUUUCCGGGACACAAUGAACAUAAACGCGUUGGCCCGUCAGAUCCUCAUCAAUGCUGGUGGGGUGCUCGAGUUGACAGUCUUUCCAGGGAAAUAUGCCAUGGAAAUGUCUGCUUUUGUUUACAAGAACUGGGUCUUCACUGACCAAGCUCUCCCUGUUGAUCUCAUUAAGAGAGGAAUGGUGGUUCAGGACUCAAGCUGCCCCUUUGGCCUAAAACUUUUGAUAGAGGACUAUCCUUAUGCUGUUGAUGGGUUAGAAAUAUGGUCAGCCAUUGAAACUUGGGUCACUGAGUACUGCUCAUUUUACUACCCUUCUGAUGAAGUACUGAAAGAGGACACCGAGAUCCAAUCAUGGUGGACUGAGAUUCGAAACGAGGGUCAUGGUGAUUUGAAACACGAACUGUGGUGGCCCGAGAUGAAGACACGAGCUGAGCUCAUUCAAGCAUGCACAAUCAUCAUAUGGAUAGCUUCUGCAUUGCACGCGGCUGUCAACUUUGGGCAAUACCCUUAUGCAGGCUACCUCCCCAACAGGCCGACGGUUAGCCGUCGCUUCAUGCCCGAACCAGGCACUGACGAGUACGCUGAACUCGAGAAGGACCCCGACUUGGCCUUCCUCAAAACAAUCACGCCACAGUUCCAAACGCUCCUUGGUGUGUCCCUUAUCGAGAUCUUAUCACGGCACACAACCGAUGAAAUAUACCUCGGGCAGCGUGAUACACCCGAAUGGACUUCUGACAAUGAACCCUUAGCUGCUUUCGAAAGAUUCGGAAAGAAGCUAGUAGAAAUCGAAAAGAGAGUCACGGAGAGGAACAACGAUGGUAGAUUGAAGAACAGAAUUGGAGCGGUGAAGGUGCCAUACACAUUGCUUUUCCCCAACACCUCAGAUUACUCAAAAGAAGGUGGACUCACAGGCAAGGGAAUCCCAAACAGUAUCUCAAUCUAAAUCUCAAGUUAAUACAUGUUCCUUAAGGAUCAAGGAACUGCAUAGGCAUUUGCAUUUUUAUGUUUAGUUUCUUGACAUUCAAGUAAUGUCAAGAGUUGUGCAUAUGCUUAGCUAUGUUGUGAAAAAACAAAUUUGUUGUUUGACUGUUUACAUUGGCAUGGUAUAGCAUUGUUACAAUGGCAUUAGGCAAGAUAUCCAGCUUGUAGAUGAAAUGUGAAUCACCAACAAUAUAAUUAUAAUCCCACAUUGCUAGCUGAUACAUAUUUAUAGUAUCUUACUUUGGUUAAA